AUGGACUUUUCAAAAUGGGUUUUAAAAUAUUCAAAACGCUAUUCCUCGGUUGAGUUUUUACGGAGACGCGCAAUUUUCAUCUUUAACUCUCGUCUAGUCAAUUCUUUUAAUUCCAACACUUCGAACACAUUCAAAUUAUCUGUUGAAGGUCCGCUUGCAGCUAUGACAGAGACAGAGUACUUCUCUCUCUUAAAACGCUUUAACAGUGAUCCUCCAACGAACGUCAAGUCGUUGAAAAUGGGAUUUCCAGCCUCUUUGGAUCUUCGAGCAGAUAACAAAGUGACUCCCGUCAGAAAUCAGGGCGAUUGUGGUGGUUGUUAUGCGUUUGGUUCUUUAUCGUCUUUAGAAGGGCGAUUGUUGAUGAUAGGUGGAAAUUAUAAAACACUUGAUUUGUCUGAGGAACAAAUAGUUCAAUGUUCUCUGAUUGAAGGGAACAAUGGGUGUUGGGGUGGUCUUGGAAAACGUUCGUUUGAGUAUAUAAAGAAAAACGGGGUUGUUCAAGAGAGUGAUUACCCAUACACCGCAGUUGAUGGUAAAUGCCUUGUUGAUCUCACAAAGAAGUUUGCGACUAUUGGAGGGUAUAUCAAUGUCCCAAGCAAAGAUGUCAACGAACUCAAAUCUGCUCUUGUUGGUGGUGUGGUUGACGUCUCAAUUGAUGCGAGAACAGUCAAGUUGCAAUUAUACAAAAGUGGAGUUUAUACUGACAAAAAUUGCAAGAGUGAAAUGAGUGAUUUGAACCAUGAAGUAUCUGCUGUUGGAUAUGGAAAUGAAAACGGACAAGAGUACUGGAUUGUCAAAAACUCUUGGGGUGAAGAAUGGGGAGAUAAAGGGUUCAUUUUAAUGGCCAUCGAGAAUAACACAUGUGGUGUUGCUACAGACGCAUUAUAUCCCAUUGACGUUAAUUACGUUAAUUAA